AUGUUAAAAAAGAUUUUUAUAAUUUUUAUAUUUUUACUUUCUCUAAAUGGUUGCUUUGCAAACUCAGCGAAUAGAUACCGUGAUUAUCUAAGUUUUAAUGGGAUGAAAACAGAGUUUAGGGCUAUAAACAACUCUGGAAUUGUAACAAUUACUGUUGAAGCAAUUGGUUUAAUAGACUUUAAUAGAAGUGUAAGCUCCAAGUUCCCCAUUAAAGAAUUAAUCCCCAAUACCCAUAUUGCAACUGUUAUAACUGGUACAUGUAAUGGCUCAAGCUAUCCACUUAGAGUAGCAUUUUUUGAAAAGAUGAUUUUUAUUCAAUCAUUAGAACCCACUGUUAAUGAUUGCUCUGCGAUUGCUGUAGAUCCAUUCACAAUAGAAUGGGUUUCUUCAUGGAAUUAA